AUGAGCACUGCAAAACUUUUAUUCCUCAUAGCUUUCCUUGCCAUUCUCGCUCUCCCCUCGUUAGAAAGUGGAGCAGAUGCAACAGGAGAUCGGUUAGAGGCUCUAAUAUGUAUACAAGCUCUAGUAGCUGAACAACUUGAACUAGCUCAACAAAUUCGAAUAUCUCUAAGAAUUAUAACAGAUGAACAAAAUCGGCUAAACGAAAAACUUGAAAACAUUAAACUAGAUCUAGAUGCUAUAUUUUCGCAGCCAAAUCAAUUAAAUCCAGAUCAAGAAGAAGCUAUGAAAGCUCAGCUAACUCAGCAAGUUCUAAAAAUUCAGCAAGAGAUGAAAGCUGUAGAAGCUCUAAAAACUGAGCAAAAUCUGAAAUUUUUACAAUUUGAGCAAGCUCAGGAAUCUCUGGAAAAUCUACAAGUUUUACCAAAUGUGCCACAAUAA